UUAUACAACUUUAACUGAAAUCCUUACAGUUGCUACAAUGUCUGGAAGAGGUAAAGGCGGUAAGGGACUCGGGAAAGGAGGCGCUAAGCGUCACAGGAAGGUUCUUCGUGAUAACAUCCAGGGCAUCACCAAACCCGCCAUCCGUCGUCUCGCUCGCCGCGGCGGGGUCAAGCGUAUCUCCGGUCUGAUCUACGAGGAGACCCGCGGUGUGCUGAAGGUGUUCCUGGAGAACGUGAUCCGCGAUGCUGUGACCUACACCGAGCACGCCAAGAGAAAGACCGUCACCGCCAUGGACGUCGUGUACGCGCUGAAGCGACAGGGACGCACUCUGUACGGCUUCGGAGGAUAAACUCAUCUGUACACUCACAAACUCCCAACGGCUCUUUUAAGAGCCAC